UCCAGCCUCCUCACGUGAUAACGCCCGGCGCCGCCGCCGCCGCCGCCGGUGCCGGCGAGCUGCUGGGCGGAGCUGCUGGCGCAAUCCAGAGGGGAGGAGCGGAGCCGACCGACGUGGAUGUCCCCCGUGGCCUACCGGUACCAGGCCCUCAAGGAAGCCCUAGCCGCCGCCAUCUCCGGCCGCGGCGACCUCCGUCGCCCCCACGCGCUCGCCGUGGUCUCUGGCCUCGCCUCCAACGGCUACCUCGCGUCCCUCCUCGUCUCCCGCUACUUCCGCCUCGGGGACGCCGGCGCCGCCCGGAAGGGGUUCGACGCGGCGGCGAGGCUCCCUUCCACCUGCUCCGCCGCCGUCGCGCCGCCACCCAAGACUCUCCUCUACAAUGCCAUGCUCCGCGGGUACCUCGCGCACGGCCUGCCGCGGAUGGCGGUGGGGGUCUUCGCGGAGAUGGGGGCGUGCCCGCCCGACCGCCACACAUACCACCUCGCCGUGGAGGCGUGCGCGCGCGCGUCGGAGUUCGAGGUCGGGCGGCGUGUCGGGGCGGACGCGGCUGCGAAGGGGUUCGCGUCCGACCUGCUCGUCGCGACGGCACUGAUCGGGAUGCAUGCUGAAGACGGUGAUAUCGGGGCCGCUCGUGUAGUGUUUGAUGAAAUGCCGCGACGGGAUGCUGUGGCGUGGAAUGCGGUGAUUGCUGGUUACGCCCGUGGAGGAAACCUGAGCGAGGCCGUCGAGCUGUUUAUCAGGAUGAGGUCCGUGGAUGGCGUGCUCCCGACCGAGGCGACACUGGUGAGCCUGGUUUCUGGUUAUGCAAGUUUUGGUUCUUCGAAGGGCCAUGGUAUGAUGCACGCCAUUGUGAUCAAGUACGGUUUCCAACUCAAUCUCUUUGUUUGCAAUGCUCUCCUGGAUCUGUAUGUUGCGUUUGGCUGUUUGAGAGAGUCUGUGAUGUUGUUUCGUCAGAUGGCUGUGAAAGAUUCUGUCACUUGGAGUGCGAUGAUUGGUGGGCUUGUUCGGAAUGGACGGCCCGAUUCUGCUCUGAAGCUUUUCCAUUGGAUGCUGUCAAAUUCGACAAUUUUGGUCACUAGGUCUAUUUUGCUCAAUGUGAUUAUGGCCUGCGCUGAUUUGGGGGAGUGGAGAGAAGGAAGAUGGGUUGAAGAGCGCUAUGUGUGCUGUAACAGCUUUGAAUUCAAGAAAGAUCCCUCUGUGGUAACAGCAUUGAUAUAUAUGUAUGCGAAGUGUGGAAUAUUAGAUUCGUCAAUCAGUCUUAUAUAUAGGGUUGGAGAAGUUAGAGAUGAUGUAAUUGCAUGGAAUGCUAUGAUUAAAGGGUUUGGAGAGUUUGGACUGGUGGAAAAGGCAGUUGGUUUUGUGGUAGAAAUGCAGAAGAUAGGUGUUGAUCCGGAUGCUAUUACAUACUUGGAGAUCAUACCUAUGAUCUCAUCAAUUCCAUCACUGAAAACAGGGAUGGAAAUGCACGCUCAGAUUGUCAGAAGAGGUUUCCUGAAUGAAAGGGCAAUUGCUAACUCACUUAUUAGCAUGUAUGGUCGAUGUGGGAGUCUGAAGCAUUCAAUUGAAGUCUUUAGCAUGAUUGCAGACAAGGAUGUAAUCUCUUGGACGUCUAUGAUGCAGGUAUAUGCCUGGAAUGGGCAUGGUAAUGAAGUUGUUAAGCUUUAUGAGAUGAUGAAAGCAGAAACAGAGCCAAAUCACUACACUUUUCUUGCUGUACUGUCUGCAUGUAAAAACACAGGUCUUGUUGACGAAGGAAUGAAUUUGAUUAAGUGCAUGCAAGAGCAAUGUGGUCUAAAGCCAGCAAUUGAGCAUAUUUCGUGUAUUGUUGAUAUACUCUGCCGUGCUGGACGUUUGACUGAUGCAUAUCACCUCAUAAAAUACAAUAGUUCUGAACACAUCAACAAUGAAAUAUUGUGGGGGACACUGCUAAGCGCUUCCCAUUCAUGUGGAGAUUUGGUCAUUGGAGAAGCAGCAGCCAAACAUCUCUUAUCUCUUGAUCCAGAAAAUAGGGUCAACUCUAAGAUGCUUGCUGAUAUUUAUGUCUUGCUUGGGAGAAGGGAUGACGCUGACCAUCUCCUAAGGGUAUCAAUGUCAAGGGGAUUGGACUUGAGACCAGGUUGCAGCUGGACAGAAGGUGUCUAAAGCCUGCAAUACAUGUAGAAGAUCAAGUGGAGCAAUUCACACCAUGAUUCUGCUGUGCAAUACCUGCACAUACAUGAAGGUCAUCUUCAGGAGGUUGCUGUCCAAAUAUCAUCUCGCAGCUCAUGUCUUCAAAAUCUGAAGAGUAAAUAUGUAGUUGAUGCUUCCCUGAUGGAUCAGAGCAGAGGAAUCUUACUAGGAGACAUGUAGACAUUCAUGCCAAGGGAAUCUUGGAUGAACUUCUCACAUGGAAUCUUGCAAAGCUAUCUUCACCAGAACCAAAUAAUGAAUUCUUCUUGUGAAGAUGCCUUAAUCAGGUAUCAGGCAGCUACUCCUUUCUGACCUGAAGUAACACAAGGAGGAACUGUGCAUAUACCU